AUGUGGACAGGUCGGCGCCUCGUGUUGUCGGCUGCCUCGCGGCUCACAGGAAGCACGGCGACUCCCCUCAAGGUCGUCUCCGCCCCCGCGCCGCUCUCUGCUCUCUGCUCUCAUCCUCGGAUCGGUGCAGGAUGCAGCAGCCUCCGUCCGGGUCAAGGUCAACUGAGUGUCCCCCUCGUCCUUCCAGGCAAAAGAUGCUUGCUCACUGUCUCCCGCCCUGUGCUGGCCGUCAAGACCUUCAAGCUCGCUGACAUCGGCGAAGGAAUCGCGCAGGUCGAGUUGCUCAAGUGGCACAAGCAGGUUGGGGAUCACGUCGAAGAAAUGGACGAGCUGUGCCAAGUCCAGUCGGACAAAGCCGCGGUUGAAAUCACGAGUCGCUUCACCGGGACGAUUGUGAAGAUUCACCAGAAGGAAGGGAUGAUGGUCAAGAUCGGAUCCCCCCUGAUGGACAUUGACGUCGAGGCGGGAGACGAUCACGCAGAGGAAGAAGAACCUGAGAAGCACGAGGCGCAUCCCACGCCAGUAUCGGAGCCCAAGACGCCCGCGCCGUCGCCGAGUGCCGGCUCCGCGUCUUCGUCGGGCAAUUCGUUUUCGGCGUCUCCGGCGACGCGCCGCUUUGCCGCGGAGAAGGGUGUCGACUUGUCUCGAGUUCAGGGCACUGGCAAGAACGGUCUGAUCACGAAAGAAGACGUUCUGAAGUUUUUGGAGGCGCCUCACGCUAGAAGCCCGCCUCCCGCCGCCCAGAGCCCCGCUUCUCUCGCAUCAGGUCACACACAAGACUCUGCAAGAAACACCGAAAAUGCUGACCAGUCAGGAGUUUGCCCGCGAGACCAGGCAGAAGAGCGCGUGCCCGGACUGUCGUGCCUCACUUCUCGAUCACCGAGUGUCCUGAAGUCUGCUGGAGAUUCUGACGCAGAAGUUGAGACAGCCGUCUCUGAGUCUAGAAACGAACACGCAGACCCCCGUAGCAGUGCCCAUCUGUCGCGCAGAGCCGCUCCCGGCGGUUCCGGAGCUUCUGGAUCGAACUCGAGCGUAUCGACGGGACCGUCUGGUGUACGUACAGCGGAAUCUGAAGAGACCUAUGGAGCUCCUGGCGCGUCUGGCGUCGCUUCCCCGCUGUCUCCAGCUUUCCUUCAUGCCCCGGAUGCGAGUCCCCUUCCCACUGAUGUUGCCUCUGCAGGCUCUGGAUCCGCUCCUCCGCAGGCGCGGCCUGUCGCCGUCGUGCCCCAGCGACCCCAGAGAGAAACGACGCAGGUUGCGCUAACUGGCUUCUCCCGCGCGAUGGUCAAGUCGAUGAACGAGACCGUGAAGGUCCCGCAACUGAACAUCGGCGACGAAUACGACAUCACUGAGUUGGUGCGAAUGCGGGAGAGUAUCGUCGCGUACACGUCGAAGAAAUACAACUUGCGCCCCACCAUCACCGCGUUCCUCAUCAAGGCAGUCAGCAUCGCCCUCGACGAAACGCCCAUCCUCAACUCCAAGUUCAACGCCGCCAGCGGAGACUCUUACACCCAGUACGGCUCUCACAACAUCUCGAUUGCAAUUGACACCAUGAACGGUCUGGUGGUGCCCAACAUCAAGAACGUGCAAGACUUGAACGUUUUGGAGAUCCAGGCGGAACUUCAUCGUCUCCAGGACCUCGCUGCGUCGAACAAGCUGUCUCCGGCGGAUCUGCAGGGCGGCACCAUCAGCAUUUCGAACGUGGGAGUGAUCAGCGGGACGUACGUGCAUGCGCUCCUGUUUGACGGACAGGCGUGCAUCAUCGGCGUUGGCCAGGCGCGGGACAUGCCUCGAUUCGUGGAGAGAAAUGCGCAGACUCUCGACGAGGACUUGGUGGAAAGAAGGAAAAUCAUGACUUGCGCCUUCACUGCGGACCACCGACACUGCGACGGCGCAACUGUUGCCAGAUUCAACAAAAAGGUGAAGGAACUGCUGGAGCAUCCCGAAAUGAUGCUGCUUCAUCUCCGAUAG